CUCCUUCCACCAAACUGCACUUUCUCUCUUUCGCACCAGUGAGAGACCAACCUCUGCAGCAAUGCCUCCCCCCGGUGUGUGUCUGAACAUCAUGGGGGCUCGUAACAAGCAAGACGGGCACGGGAGCAUCAACAACCCCGAGAAGUUCCUCAGCCAAGACUUCCAGCAGCUGAAGCAGUACUGCCUCAUCAAAGGAGUGCGCUACAUCGACGACAUGUUCCCCCCUGACAACAGGUCCAUCGGCCAGGGCCUACUGAGCCCCUCUGACCUGAGCAGCGUGGAGUGGCUCAGACCGGCGAAAAUUGCCUCUAAUCCGUCCUUCAUACUGGAUGGAUUCUCCAGGUUUGACUUUGGGCAGGGAGUGCUUGGAAACUGCUGGUUUCUUGCGUCUAUUGGAGCUCUGACUUUCCAGAACCACAUCUUCGGCCAAGUUGUUCCCCUCAAUCAAACAUUCGAUGAGGACUACUGCGGGCUUUUCCACUUCAGGUUCUGGAGAUUUGGAAGAUGGGUGGAUGUCAUCAUUGAUGACAAGCUGCCUACAAUCAAUGGCAGAUUAAUCUUCGUUAAAUCCAAAGACCAGAAUGAGUUCUGGCCUGCUCUGCUGGAGAAAGCCUACGCCAAGGUUUGUGGUUCCUACACCGACAUGACUGCUGGAACUCCUGCAGAGGCCAUGAUGGACUUCACCGGUGGCGUCCACAUGUGCAUCGACCUUUCGAACCCCCCUUCAAACCUGUGGGGGCUGAUGUGCAGAGCCGGCCAAACCAGCACUCUGAUGGGCUGUGGUACACCACAAGGGGAGACAUCUGCUAACACCGUGCUGCAGAACGGAUUAGUCCAGGGCCAUGCCUACACUGUGACAGGCGUCAAACAGGUUCAAAGCCAAGGGAGAUUUGUAAACCUGGUGCGUUUGUGGAACCCCUGGGGCAAAGGAGAGUGGUGUGGAGACUGGAGUGAUCAGUCAUCUCUGUGGCAAACUGUGAGUCCUCAAGAUCGAGAACUGUGCCUGUCAGUGGCAGAUGAUGGAGAGUUCUGGAUGACCCUGGAAGAUUUCUGUAGGUUCUACACAGAUCUCGACAUCUGCGGCCUGAGUCCAGACUUCAUUGAGGGAAGCUCCUCUUCUCAGUGGAAGACCUCCAUGUAUGAAGGCCGCUGGGUUGCAGGAACCACUGCUGGAGGCUGCAUGAAUAACAGAGAAAGUUUCUGGACCAAUCCACAGUACCGAGUCAAGGUUUGUGGUGAGCAUUCAGAGAAAGAGGGCGAAAAAAACAUGCUGGUGUCUCUCAUGCAAAAGCCUGACAAGAGGAACAGACGCCUGGUGCAGAAUCUUCACAUUGGAUUCUCUGUAUUUCAGAUCACUGAACAAUACAAGGCACAGAGAGGCAAAUUCCCAGCCACGUUCUUCAGCAGCCGAGCGCCUGUGGCCCAGACUAAAACCUACAUGAAUUCACGUGAGGUGAUAGAGUUCUUCAUGCUGAAGCCUGGCGAGUACCUGAUCGUUCCCUCCACCUUCAACCGCAACGAGACGGCCUCCUUCCUCCUGACCAUCAUCUCCAAGUCGGAGACCCAGUGCUUUGAGAAUUCUGGUGACCAUAACCAUGAGCCAGUUGAAAAGGUCAAGCAGGUUAAGAACGCAGGGGAGGAUGAAAAUAAGAAAAAAUUCUUCCGUCAGUACUCCGACAAGUAUGAAGAGGUCGAUGCUGAGCAGCUGCAGAAGAUUCUAAAUGAAAGCAUCCUGAAAGGAGACUUGAAAUCAGGAGGUUUCACCAUCGAUGCCUGUCGCAGCAUGGUUGCUCUGAUGGACACAUCGAUCACAGGCAAACUGAACAGUGAGGAAUUCGUCCGCCUGUGGAACAAGGUCAUCGAAUACAAGGACAUUUUCUUCCUCACUGAUGUUUCACAAACAGGAACGCUGUCACUGAGCGAGCUGAGGAAUGCAUUCAUAGCUUCAGGAAUGGGAGUCAGCGACGACAUGCUCAACCUGAUGGCUCUACGCUACGGCGCCUCCUCUGGUCACAUGACGCUGGAGAACUUCAUCAGUCUCAUCCUUCGCUUGGGCUGCAUGCACAAAAUCUUCAAACAACUGUCUGACGGAAAAGGCAUGAGUCUCCAACAGUCAGAGUGGAUGUACAUUUCGAUGUACACGUAAUCCAGCAGUGAGGAUGGAUGCACAGGUCAUCUGGAGGUACAGGCAGAAGUAUUUCAAAGGUUUUCUUCACGUUUGUCAGACUGCAAAAUGAAAGAAGAUGUACUUUUCUGUGAAUAAGUCAUUAAUCAUUACUACUGCUGAGGCACUGCAGAAAAUAAUGUGAAAACUGGAGUCAGAUUUCUCUCAGUAUAAUCAGACAAAAGAAAAAUCUGAAGGAUGGCUUCAUUUGAGAGUGAAUAAAACUCCAAAACCCAUUAACCAAAGAGGACACGCCUCUGAGUCAGAACUGUGAACUACAAGUGUGGCGGUGCAAAUGGCAGAGCUGGCAGUGAAGCUACGAAGCUAACAGUGAAGCUAAAAAAUGUGAUGAAAGAAGCCGAAUGAACUGUGAACAAAAGGUCACAUGACCAUAAACAGACCAAUAGUUACAAUUUUAUUUUGGAGAUGAGUUUUUUGCAUCAGUGAGUUUUAUUCCCCCUCAAAUUCUUAACAUGUUUAAAAAGUUUUAUGUGAUUAUUUGACAUGAAUCUGAUUCCCUGAUUGCCAAACUUGUAACAUAAAGCUGAAACAUCUUGUUGAUUUUAUGUCGUAUUACAUGUGGAACCUUAUUGCAUUUACAGGACUGACUGCAGUGUUUGUAUUACUGGCAGAACUAUAACAUAUUCUCACUCUGUGCUGUUUAUAACCCAGAUAUUGUACAAACACAUUACACGUUUCAGUUACUGGCAUGUAAUCAUUUGAGCUACAAAAGCAAUGUAGACCAUUUUAUACAUUUUUAAGAAUAAAAACAAUAAAAGCUUCUGUGACAAUGUG